CGGCUCUCAACAUUUUGCCUACUGUGCACACCUCCACCGGCAGAAAAAAAAAAACACAAAAUUACUUCACAGUAUAAAACGACAAAAUGCAUUUGAUGUACUAUUUGAACGACGAGGGAAAGCGUGUUUACACGCUUAAAAAAUUUGCUCCUGAUGGAAAGCCCACUCACUCUUCUCACCCUGCCCGGUUCUCUCCUGAUGACAAGUACUCUAGACAACGUUACACUUUGAAGAAAAGAUUUGGUCUUUUGCCUUCUCAACAACCCGCUCCCAAAUGGUAAAUAACGUUGUUCCCAUUUGUGCAACAAAUUGCCGGGAAAAUACUGUCUUUUUUUGCUUUUAGUCUAUCCUAUUUUCAUUUCUUUUGGGUUCCCGGGUGUCGUUACUAUUUACUGAUGUGUUUCAUUUCAUCCGUGAAUAUUUGGUUAAUUUUUUACGAAGUGUUUCAGUGCAGUAGACUUGCCACUUCAGUUUCUGUUCGCCAACAAGUAGUUAAAUAAAAAAUAGUACGCUUUUCAUUAAGUGUACGUCGUCACAACUGUUAAUGGUAUUGUGUUUUUUUGGGAGAAACUCGACAGGCUGAGGGAAACGGUGCGUAGAC